CUUGCAGGUGACUGAUGUUCCUCCGGUCCGCUGUGGUCGUGUCUGCUGGUUUCUCCAGGGGCCUGUACUACGAAGCGGGAUUUGGGGUUAGCGAGGUAACUUCAGGUUUAACCCUGGGUUUUCAGGACUACGACGGUGGUUCACUUCUUAGCGGGGCACAUCGCCAUGGUAACUUAUGCUGAACCGCUAACCUGCUCCGGAGCAGGUUAUGUUCGAGAUACAGAUCGCCGGGUGUAAAAGCACCGCCCACUGACCAAUCAGCUCUCUUGGAAAAUGACAUGCCCUUUCGAAGAGAAGCUUGGUGAAGUGGAGCUUGGUGCGCGGAUCGUGAGAGGAUCCCUCCGAAGAGAACGCGUAUUCAGGGACCACCAAAACCCCUUUGCUUUCCCUGAUGAGUACCUGUAUGAACGAUCCAAAAAAAAAAAGAAAAAAAGAAAAAAGAGGUGGAGGAGAAAAUAAAAAAUAAAUCAAUCAAUGAAUAAAUAAAACAAAUCAUCACCCAAAAUCCGAUGUACAGUCAAUCCAAAACUAAUACCAAUUAAAUAAAUAAAUCAAGAAGAAAUCAAAAAGAAGAUGCAUUUGUAAGGGGAUAGGAAAAAAGGGAUUUUCAAUUUCGUCCCUCGAACAUUCAAGUCACUUUAAAAUACUAAAUACCCCCCUCCUGAAAAAAUAAAAAAUUAAAUAAAAUAAAUAAAUAAACCCAAUUCUUUGGUACAGCAUCAGCACAAGUUAUCGGCCAACAACAAUAGUUAUAGAACCAAUACAGGACUGUCUCAGAAAAUUAGAAUAUUGUGAUUUUCUGUAAUGCAAACACAAAACCAAAAAAUGUCAUACAUUCUGGAUUCAUUACAAAUCAACUGAAAUAUUGCAAGCCUUUUAUUAUUUUAAUAUUGCUGAUCAUGGUUUACAGUUUAAGAUUAAGAUUCCCAGAAUAUUCAAAUAUAUGUUUAUAUCCCUAUGAAUUUACGCAUUUAUACAGUCAGCGAUCUUUUGCCAGCUGUCUUUCCUGCAUUUUGCAGCUGCAACUGUGUUGCUUUUUGCCUGUAUUAUAUGCCUAUACUCAUCAUAUUUCCGUAAAAUUAUUGUUUGCUCUUCGCUACUGAAAUAAGCGGCUCUGACAGCGGACUUCUCCAUGCUUGCGAUUGGUCAUGCGCUGAAAACACUGCCCCUUUUAUGUGCACGCGCUCAUAUCCAGAUUGGAGAAACCUGGGUUGAUAUACCGAGUUGAUAACCACUGUCGUGUGACCGCUUAGCGUGAUUGCAAUUGUCCCGCUUAGUGAAUCUGGAUAAGGAAAAGAUAUCCUGGAUAUGUUGAACUUGCUUCGUAGUACAGGCCCCAGGUGGUUUCAGGACUCCGGGUUAACAGUAAAGUCCGCCUACCUUGUCCCGGUGCUGGGCGGGUUUACAGCAGCAAAUAAAGCCCAAACCAAGCGGCUCACCGGCGGCUGCUCCACACACAGACCGAUGCCCAAGAAGAAAGUGGCGAAAGGGCAGUCAACGGCUCCUGCGGGUGGAGCGGCUGACACACACACUUCUGGUCCGGUUACCCGAGACAAAAAUGGCGCCGUUACCAUAACGGUGCACGCCAAGCCUGGCUCCAAGCACAGCAGCAUCACAGAUGUUUCGGCGGAGGCGGUGGGAAUUGCUAUCGCUGCACCGCCUACAGAUGGAGAAGCAAACGCUGAGCUUAUCCGCUACCUGGCAGAAGCUCUGGAGCUGAAGAAGAGUCACAUAUCACUUGACAAGGGCUCAAGAUCGAGAGAUAAGCUCAUCAAAGUAGACUCCUCUCUCAGUCCAGAGGAGGUGCUGAGGAGGCUCCGACAGGCUGCAGGCUAAUGGAGCGGGAACAGGAACAGGAGCAGCAGGAGGAGCAGGAGCAGCAUGAGGAACAGGAGCAGCAUUCGGAGCCGGAGCCGGACCCCAUGAUACCAGAGAAAGAAGGGGUUUCACAGUCCUCAUUCUACUCACACAACUUUACAUCCACUCUGUUGAGACACACUCACACACACACACACACACACACACACACACACACACACACACACACACACACAGGUGGACAGAAAUGUGAGAACAACAGCACAAACUGUGUCCAACACUGUAGUUACUUUUAAACUCUAAAAGGUACCGUAUUUAAUUAAGUAUGUUGUACUUUAACUCUUGGUGGCGCGAGAAGCAGGAAAGUUGUCCCGUCCUAUCUCGCGCUUUUCUUAAACCCCAAAUAUUUUCUUUAGCUGCAGAUGGUAAUAACCCAAUUUAUUCAAUGUUGGAUUUUCUUUUCUCACCAUAUUCAUUUUAUUUGUCUACGUUCGUCCAUUGCUGCAUUUCAGGCCUGCAACACACAUUAAAAAAGUUGUUGUGACAGUAAAGCUUUCAACAUUUUGUAAUGCUGCUGUUCUCACAUCACUUGAAAGAUGUUCUGGGAUUUGGAAUUUAAAGCAUUUCAGUUAUUUUGUGUCAUUUUUCCAGCAAAAAGUAUUUUUAUAAAUACAGAGAAAAUGUUCCUAUGUCCUGCAGAAAGCGGGUUAUUGAGGCAGAUCUUCCUGUCAGUUCUGGAUUAUGGUGAUGUUAUUUAUCAACAAGCAUCUGCUUCCACCCUAAAAUCACUUGAUGCUGUUUAUCAGCUCUAAGAUUCAUCACUGCUGACAGUUAUUCUACUCAUCACUGCAUCUUAUAUGCAAAACUUGGGUGGACUCCCCUUUCUGUCAGACGUGAUAGGCAUUGGUUUCUCUUUGUUUAUAAAGCUCUAAUUGGAAGGCUUCCUCAUUACCUUAGCUCCUUACUGAGGUUUCCUCAAUGGUAGAUACUCAACCCACUCCUCUGAUUUUCUUAUGCUGGAAGUUUCAUGUCCAUGGACUGAAUUUGGAAAAACUGCAUUUAGCUACUGCCCGGCUCACAGUUGGAACAUUUUGCAACAUGCAUUGAAGUUGGAAACGUUUGUGCAGCUUGGUCAAUUCAAAUCCUUGAUUGCUGACCAUUUUACUCAUGUUUGUAAUUGUUUUUAAUUUUUCUCUUUUAUUUUUAUUGUAUUAUUCUUUUUAUAUGGUUGUUGUACAUUCGGCAUCAUUGUAAAUGAGGGCUUGAUUUCUCUGAAUUCAA